UAAUUCCUCGCCCCUUGUGUCUCGAAGCCGUUCUACCACCUGCUGGUGCUCCAAAGUUGAAAGUCGAAAGCAGCGAGAGCUCUUGGCGCCCAUCGAUUCGCCAAGAAAUCCCCAAUCUCUCCGCAACCCGUUCGACGGAAUGCAGCAGGGAGCCGCGGGGCAGGCGCCGCGGCGCGACGACGGGGAGGCGGCGGGGCCUUCCGGUGGUGGCGGGGGCGGUGGUGAGGACCGCCUCAGCGCGCUCCCGGACGCGGUGCUCGGCAGGAUCGUGUCGCACCUGAAGGCGUGGCAGGCGGUGCGCACGAGCGUGCUCUCCAAGCGGUGGCGCGACGUGUGGGCGUCCGCGCCGCGCGUCGACAUCCGCCACCCCUGCGCCUGCAACGAGCGCGCCGACCAGGAGAGGUUCCACGGCUUCGUCGACACCCUGCUCCUCAGGCGCCGCCCGUUCGCUCCCAUCAAGGCGCUCCGGCUGUGCUGGAGCCACGACGGCGACGCCAACAACUGGAUCGCUCAUGCCGUCAGGCGCGGGGCCGAAGAAAUCGAACUCUCCACGAGGCAUCACCAAGGUUCUCUGGAACCGGAGCCGGAGUUCACGAGCUUCAUUUCUCCCAAGAUCAAGAUCUUGAAGCUGAUGCGUGUCGGCAUGGACAUCAGGUCUAUCACGCAAAUCUGCUCUAGGUGCACUUCUUUGGAAGAAUUAGAGCUCGAGGAUGUUCGCCUACUUGAAGGGCAGAUUCAAUCGGCCUCGCUGAAGCGCUUGUCUAUCAUCAAAUGCUAUAUCGAUGAUGGCUUUUUGGUUGAUGCUCCGAACCUUGUCUCGCUCUGCUUCAUCAGACCUCUCGGCAUUGAGAGAAAGGGGGGAUCCAAUUCCUCGUCUGAUAGACUUUGGUGGCCAGUGUGGCUGAAUGACGACGAUGGAUAUGAUCAUGAUGAUGAUUUCUUUGCAAAUGCUAGUGCUGUACAAUCUGACGAUAAGAGAGGCAGUAAAUCUGAUCAAGAUGAUCUUGAAGGUUGCAAUGAUGAUGAUUGUACUGUGGCCUAUGAUGAGAUUGCAGAUGAGUACUCCAGUAAUGGUGGUCCUGGUGAUGAACAUGGAGGAUAUUCUGAGAGCGAUGAUUCUACAAUUUGUGGUCCCUAUGGUUUAUUUAAUGUUCUUGUAAAGACAUCUCUGAUCAUGAUAGCCCGGGAAGGAGAGCUGCUUCUGAGGAGGGAAUUGGAAAAUUUCCCCAUGUUCAUUAACCUGAAUACUCUGUCCCUUGGUGAAUGGUGUAUGGUUCCUGACUUCAGUGCUUUGUCAACCAUACUUGAGAAAUCACCUAAUGUAGAAAGGCUUUAUAUUCACCUUGACAUGGUCCACAGAGGAAGAGGGGACAUCGAUCCAAGUGGAGGAUCAUUUGCUUGCAACAACCUGAAGAAGGUUAAGAUCACAUGUUGUGAAGAUGAUGUAAUGGUCCAUAAGCUGGCGGAAUUCCUCGAAGCUAACGGCCUACAGCGUCAGAGGAUUUUUGUUCGUCGCACAUCCAGAACUCGUAGAGACUCCAGGGCGAAACAGAAAGAGCAAGAGGAUCAUUUGAGGCUCGCAAAGAAGUGGUGAACGGUGUGAAAUAGUAGAAGCCUGGAGUGAGGGAAAGGUGCCUAAAAUGCCGAAAGCCGGUGCGGGCGUUGAGGAAUCCAGUGCUGAGUUUACAUUGCAGUUAACACUAGGAUUGUCUACUGGAUGUGUAUAUGCAUCAGUUUUAGUACAGGUACCUGGGUAUGUGCAAGACUUUGCAUUCGUUGGUGUUGCAUGAAAAUAGAUGGCUGAUCAGAAUGUUUAGAGACUUGGAGUCCUGUGAAUUGCUAUAUCAUGUUUGAGUAGGAGCAAUUCCCGCUGAAUAUAUCUGGUUUUGUGAUU